CCUCAAAAGCUCAAAUUAUACAAAUAUUCGCUCCCACUCUUACUAUCUCUCUGUUUCCGAGUCUCUUUCUUUCUUUCUCUCUUCCUGGCAACUCCGUCUUAUUCCUGAGAGAAUGUCUAAGGGCCAAGGUUCUUCUCCUAGCGGUACUGCAAUUGCUGCAGCGAGAAAGGAAGGUGUGGCCGUAGAGACGCUCCCUCAAUCUCUCACUAUUGUAGAUUGCGAGAAAAGGCGUGGGGUCUCCCGAUACUAUGCAUACGUGAUUGAAGUGACCCGGUUGAACGGUGAGGUCUAUCACAUUUAUCGUAGAUACCGAAAGUUUCAUAAAAUGGUCCAACGACUUGAAGAAAGGUUUCCAAUUGAAGCCGGGAAUAUAAGAGCAUCAGAUAGGAUAAUACCACAGCUACCUGGGAAGAAGUAUAUCGGUCGAAGUGCUGUCAGAGAUGUAGCUGAACUGCGUAUGCCAUACCUUGAUGAAUUUUUAAAGAAACUGUAUGCGAUGUCUGAUAAAAUUCGCUAUGACUCGAUAGUCCUCGGUUUUUUAAAACCAAAUUAUGAAGAUAUUGAGAAACCUUAUAAACCAAGUGUAUCAUACCCAGGAAGGACUGUCAGUCAACCUGAAAAACCAAACAAACCACCCAGACCCACUAUUAGACCUCCUUCCUCUUCUAAUGAAGUUAAACCUUUAGCUGUUGCUGGCCCAGUUCCAACUAUUAAAGUAAUGUACAGUGCAUCAAAUAAACCAACAAAACCUCCUCCACCUCGUCCCACUCCUCCUCGCCUCUCUCCUGCUAAACCACCACCUCCUGCUGUACCUUCAAAAGGUCCAAGAGGAAAAGUUUUAUAUAAUUAUUCCGCUCGCUAUGAUGAUGAGUUGUCUCUUACAUCUGGGAGUAACGUCAUUUUAAUAAGAAAACUUGACGGAGAUUGGUACGAGGGUAAAGUGAAUGGUAAAGUUGGACUGGUCCCUGGUAAUUAUUUAAAAAUAAUUGAGCCAUUACCUGAUGAUGAUGAUGAUGAUGAUAAUGAUUCUGGGGAAGAAACUGAUGAAUGGGAUGAUGACUCUACUGGGAAAAUCAAUUGUCACUACAAAGGAAGGAAAAUGUUGCUUGAAGUGGACUCUGAGUUAGUAAGAAGACCAACUUUUCAUAAACUGUUGGUGUCAUUAAGAGCUCAGUUGAAAGAUACAAAGAUAGCCAUUAAUUAUAAGGACAGUAGCGGUGACCUCAUUGAAGUGGUUGAUGAUUCUGAUCUAUUGCUGAUGAAGGAUGACAGCAGCAGCAGAUCAACAGGAAGGAGCAGUGAUGAUAAUACUGCACCCUGGACACUGUACAUCACUAGAGCCGGUGACCACUCUGUUUAUAACACAACAAUGACAUGACAUCAUUUAUUAUUGCAAUUAUUUAUUAUUUAUACUCGCGUUAUCAUCAAUGAUAUGUUUGCUCAUUAAAAUGUAUAAUUGGAUUAUAAUUAUUCUUUUAAUUGUUAAAGUGUUACAUCUUACAUGGAACUUUCCGAACUUACAACUGACAGAUGUAAAAGUUUGGCUGAUAAUGUAUGUUUUACCAAGUGACUAAUGUUUAUGUUUACAAAAUGUAUGUUUUCUGUGGAAAAAUAA